AUGUUUGGCAUCCCCGACUUCGUUAGCCGCCAGUGGCAGAUAUUCGUGGGCUCGAAGGCGGCGCCCAAGGAUGCCGACGCGCUCCGGUUCGGCAUCCUCGGCGCGGCCAACAUCGCGCCCAUGGCGCUGAUGCACGCGGCGCGGACCCACCCGGAGGUGGUUGUGCAGGCCGUCGCCGCCAGGGACAAGACCAAGGCGGCGGCGUACGCGAAGAAGCAUGGCAUCCCGCAGGUGCUGGACGCCCUUCUCGACGACGCGUCCAUCGACGCGGUCUACAUCCCGCUGCCCAACGGCCUGCACUACGAGUGGACCCUGCGGGCGCUGGCGGCGGGCAAGCACGUGCUGCUGGAGAAGCCGUCCGUGUCCAACGCCGCCGAGGCCGAGAGCCUCUUCAACCACGCGCUGCUCCGGCCGCAGCAGGGCGGCGGCUCUCCGCAGCAGCGGCAGCCGCCCGUGCUCGUCGAGGCCUUCCACUACCGGUUCCAGCCGUGCUGGGCCAAGUUCAUGUCGCUGGUGGACCCGCCCAACGUGACGCACGCGAGGGCCAAGUUCUCGGUGCCGCGGGGGUUCUUUUCCGCCGACGACAUCAGGUUCAACUACGCCCUCGCCGGCGGCUCGCUGAUGGAUCUGGGAACGUACCCCUGCUCGGCCGUCCGGCUCGCUUUCGGCGGCAUGGUGCCGGAAGAGUGCUCGUCGGCGGAGCUCAGGCCGUGCCCGCCCCCGCGCGAGCGCUGCGACGAGGCCUUCAAGGCGACCUUCCGGUUCCCCAAUGGCGGCACGGCCGAGGUCGAGGGGGCGCUGAUGGGCUCGUGGCUGCAGACCGGCGUGCCGGGCGUCUGGGUCGAGCACCGGUCCGUCGUGGUGCCCGACGCCAACCUGCCCGAGGGCCAGGAGAAGACGCGCACCCGGAAGCUCUACAUGGGAAACUUCAUGAUGGGCUUCUUCUGGCACCGCAUCGACGUCGAGGACGAGUUCGUGGUGCGGCGGCGGGGCACGGCGGCGGCCGAGGGCACGGGCACGGGAGGGGCGGCGGCGGCGGCGGUGGCGGACGAGGAGGGCUCGGUGGUGAAGCGGUGGGUCGAGAAGAGGAGUCAUAAGGCGUAUACGUGGGAGGAGGCCGGGCUCCAGGGGCGCGGCGUGGCCACCGGCGGGCUUCCCAGCUUCACGUCGUACCGGCACCAGCUCGGGGCCUUCGUCGACAGGAUCCGCGGCCGGGCGGGUACGGGCAUGUGGGUGGAGCACGACGACAGCAUCGCGCAGGCGCGCAUGCUGGACAUGGCCUACGAGAAGUCGGGCCUGGGGCUGCGGCCGACGAGCGACUUUGAGCCGGGCAGCAUGAGGUGA